GCGACUGGUGGGAAGAAUUCGUGUACCUGCGCUCCCGCAACCCACUGAUGGUGAACAGCAACUAUUACAUGAUGGACUUCCUGUAUGUCACACCCACGCCUCUGCAGGCCGCGCGUGCGGGGAACGCGGUCCAUGCCCUCCUGCUGUACCGCCACCGCCUGAACCGCCAGGAGAUCCUCCCGAAUUUGCUGAUGGGGAUGCGCCCCUUAUGCUCUGCCCAGUACGAGAAGAUAUUCAACACCACACGGGUUCCAGGGAUCCAAAAAGACUACAUCCGUCAUCUCCAUGACAGCCGACAUGUGGCUGUCUUCCACCGGGGCCGAUUCUUCCGCUUGGGGACCCACUCCCGAAACGGCCUGCUUUCCCCGAGGGCACUGGAACAUCAGUUUCAGCAAAUCCUGGAUGACUCCUCGCCUGCCUGUCCCCAUGAGGAACAUCUGGCCGCCCUGACCGCUGCUGCUCCCAGGGGCACGUGGGCCCAGGUGCGAAGGACCCUGAAGACCCAGGCAGUGGAGGCCCUGGAGGCCGUGGAAGGGGCCGCUUUCUUCGUGUCGCUGGACUCAGAGCCCGCGGGGCUCUCCAGGGAGGACCCAGCCGCUUCGCUGGACGCCUACGCCCAUGCCCUGCUGGCCGGUCGCGGCCAUGACCGCUGGUUUGACAAAUCCUUCACUCUGAUUGUCUUCUCCAACGGGAAGCUGGGCCUCAGCGUGGAGCACUCCUGGGCCGACUGCCCCAUCUCAGGACACAUGUGGGAGUUCACUCUGGCCACAGAAUGCUUCCAGCUGGGCUACGCAGCGGAUGGCCACUGCAAGGGGUGUGCUGACCCCACGCUGCCCCAGCCCCAGCGGCUGCAAUGGGACCUUCCAGACCAGAUCCACCCGUCCAUCUCUCUAGCCCUGAGGGGAGCCAAGCUCUUGUCCGAAAAUGUCGACUGCCACGUCUUUCCCUUCUCCCGCUUUGGCAAGAGCUUCAUCAGACGCUGCCACCUCUCUUCAGACAGCUUCAUCCAGAUAGCCUUGCAGCUGGCCCAUUUUCGGGACAGGGGCCAGUUCUGCCUAACUUACGAGUCGGCCAUGACUCGCUUGUUCCUGGAAGGCCGGACGGAGACGGUGCGGUCUUGCACGAGGGAGGCCUGCAACUUUGUGAGAGCUAUGGAGGACAAAGAGAAAACAGACCCGCAGCGCCUGGCCCUGUUCCGUGUGGCCGUGGACAAGCACCAGGCUCUGCUGAAGGCAGCCAUGAGCGGGCAGGGAGUCGACCGCCACCUCUUUGCGCUCUACGUCGUGUCCCGAUUCCUCCACCUGCAGUCGCCCUUCCUGACCCAGGUCCACUCAGAGCAGUGGCAAUUGUCUACCAGCCAGAUCCCUGUUCAGCAAAUGCACCUGUUUGACGUCCACAAUUACCCGGAUUAUGUUUCCUCGGGUGGUGGAUUCGGGCCUGCCGAUGACCAUGGUUACGGUGUUUCUUAUAUCUUCAUGGGGGAUGACAUGGUCACCUUCCACAUCUCCAGCAAAAAAUCAAGCACAAAGACGGACUCCCACAGGCUGGGGCAGCAUAUCGAGGACGCGCUGCUGGACGUGGCCUCCCUGUUCCAGGCGGGGCAGCACCUUCAGCGCCGGUCCCGAGGGUUAGGAGAGGAAGACUCGACGCACAGGCGUGGAUCACUCUCCAAUCAGAAUGAGGGCCGCAAGGCGCCCGGGAUGUCUGCUGACCUCUGACCUCUCCCGGCAGGGAGCUGGUCUCCCUCAGAACGAGGGUGAAGGUCUUCACAGCUGGGCUGGCACAGGAUAGGGGCAGCCUGUUUGGCAACCCCACAUCCGGGCCAAUAAAGAUGUGCAAGCUGGG